AUGGAAGCUCAAGCGCUAGAAAAUAGUAACACACCUUUAUCUUUAUCUGCAAGUGGCUCCAAAACGGAGUCAUCAGAAAUACCAGUGUUAAAUAUAUCCGGAAGGGUAAAGCCUGAUAGGAAUACCCCCCGCAUAAGGGGAAAAAAGAAGCCAGCUCCGAUUCCAGAAGAACCCAAAGUGAAUCCAUCCACAUUUCCAGUGAUUCUAAGCAGGAUCCUACUAAAGACCGAUGUGCCACCUGUAACUGCCCCGAAAAUAAAUCUAGAGGACGACACACAGUACCUUUGUUUCCUGUGCCUCGAGAAACCAGCCACUCGAAAGCGAGUCUAUCACAUGUUCAUAACGACGGAAAAGGAGUUGGGAAAGGACUACGAAAAGACGAGGCAGCUCUACGAAAAUCGGAAGGAGUUCAAAUAUGUCAACAACAUUUCCGUGCAAACAGUCUGUGCACGGGCUCUGUACCGCCGAGUUCAGAAUAAGUUCACCGAUGUGCAGUGGAAUAAGCUGGGCAAUGUGUUUGAGAUUGAUAAGGUCGGAAUUAUGGAUAUCUGGGGCAUUUCUGACCGAGUUUAUGCCAUGCGGACCGAGGAGCAUGAAAGACUAUUUAAUUACAUCAAGUUUAUACACUCUACGAAGUGUUAAAUUUUCGUUUUUAAUUUUUCACUAGUUUAAAUUGUGAUAUCUUGUAUUAAUUUUUUGUAUUAAAUCGCUUCCUUGCACAUACUUCAAG